GCUUUUAAAGCCCGGGCUCAAAUGCGAUUUGCGAAGUAAAAUCGACGGCGACCCAAAAAGGGAAAAAUGCCGCGCGAAGAAUAUAGGGCCAAGCGCCGCCGUUUGCCGGCGGCGGAGCCGGACUUCCUGGCCGGCCUCCCGCCGGAGAUCGUCGACGACAUCAUCUCCCGCCUCGACAUACGCGACGUCGUCCGCACCUCCGCCCUCUCCCGCGCCUGGCGCCGCCGCUGGGAGUCCGUCCGCGGCCUCGACCUCAGCUUCAGAUCCUCCGCCCCCGCCGCCGCCAUCUCCUCCGUCCUGAAGCGCGCCGCCGCGCCGGUCCGCGGGCUCGGCCUCCGAGUCCCCGGUCGCCGGUUCCGCCGCGCCGUCCACUGGCUCCGCCUCCUCCCCCGCAAGCGCGUCCAGUCCCUCGACCUCCACUUCGAGUUCGUGUUCGGCGAGAAGCCCAGCCUCGACCCCAGCAUCCUCUCCUGCCUGGAGCUCACCACGCUGGUCCUCGAGGGCUGCAUCUUCCCGCCGUCGCCGCCGCCGCCGUCGUUUGUGGGGUUCCCGGAGUUGACCAAGCUGUCCCUCUCCGAGAUCGACCUCCCGCGCCACGGGGGGAGGCGGCUGGAGGCGAUGAUCGCCGCGUCGCCGCUUCUCGUCGAGCUGUCUCUCUCGAACGUGCGCAGCCUCCAUCACUGGGAGAGGUGGUUCAUCCGGGGACCAAACCUCCGGUCCGUUUGGAUCUGGACGGAUUACGAUUAUGGCUGCAGGAUAGGGGAGCUCCCGCGGCUAGAGCACGCCAUCGUCUUCGCGUCGGCCAUCAAGACUGAAGUUUUGUGCAAAAUUCUGGAAGGGAUUAGUCAUGCGGAGACUCUUGGAUUCGAUGCAAUUACAGACCAGUUCAAUGGUAACCCACCGGAGAGGUUUUCAUUCACUUUUCAGAACUUGAGGUCGUUGGACCUGCAUGCUUGUCUAGAUCAAAUCUCAAGUACUUCUUGGGUCUUUUGCAUACUUAGAAGUGCCCCGAACCUGGAAACACUUGAAAUCGAGGUUGAUUGUGAUGAUGAUGAAGUGGAUGCUGGAUCUGUCGAAGGAUUCGCAAACGCACAAGCAAGUGAUGACAUUUUCCCUAGACUUCGAGAUGUCUGGUUACAUAGUAUUGACUGCUCCUCAAAUGAGAUGUGCUUCAUCAAGUUUGUCCUAUCCAAAGCAAGAUCGCUAGAACUGUUCUCUGUUCGUGUCACCUCCAGUAGGUUAUCUUAUCAGGAGGCAUGCAUAGAGAUGGCAAAAUACAAAAGAGCAUCGCCGUUAGCUAAGCUCAGACUCAUCCGUGGAUGACUGGCUAGCUUGACUUUGCAGAGCACCUGAACUUCUCAUGCUUUUUCAUCCCAUUGUUUGUAUUCAGUGAAAGAUAUCUCUGUUGAACUGUGUGGAUGUUGAAUUUCCAUCAGGCAACAUGCAUGACAUCUGCAAUAGUGUGCCUAUGUAGGUAAUGCAUACUGCUUGCCUAUAUAUUUUGAUGAAGUUUAAAUAAUGCCUUCCCAUUGUUAUUAAUUCCCGAAUGAGGAUUCAAUCC